UAUUUAUUAGAUCACAACUUUCAGUCCAUCUGACCUUCAUUAGGUUAUACAGGCAGCAUCACAAUACAAUAUAUAGUAUCAAUCAUCCAAUCAGACUACAGAGAUUAUUAGUUUGACUGAUGAGCACCUUGAACUAACACAGAGCAUGUGUCACCAGUCAGAAAAAAGCAUUAAAAAGAUUAGAAAGAUACAAAAUGACUCAAUAUAAAAAUGUCAAUAAAUCUUAAGCAGCAUACAUAAACCCCAAAACUCUCCAAAGGUCAAAAAUAGAAAACAACAAGUGCAAAAUACUGAUAUAUCAUAAAUCUUACAGUUAUCAGACAUAUUAAACCCAUUCUCUCAAAAAGUCAAAAAGGAAAGGUAAAUUAAGGACAAAAGUCUCAAUUUGUCAGAAAACUUUUGCAAUAUUAUCAUACAUUAAACAUUAUAUCUACCUCUAAAUGACACUAAAUUGUCACAGGUCAAUGAUGUACAAUGGCAUAAACAUAUAGCAUAAAUAAAUAGCAUUAAUAAAUGAAUAAAUGCCAAUUCACUAGUAAUCUACAAAGUAACAUCCAUAUAAUUUAAAUAGUAAAAUAAAUAUUAUAGAGGCUAUCAAUGAGGAGUCAAUGCAUAUAUGUUUUGCAAAAAACACUGUAAGGAAUACGUUUGUUUUGUUUUGUUUUUUUCAAAAACAAUUUUCCGGGCCGCUGUUUGCCCUCCAUUGGAGUUGAUUGCGUCACGAAUGUACAUAAAUUCGAACGGAUGCGUUCCAUUCAUGACGCAUGAAAGUCUUGAGUGGUUAUGACGUGUUGCAGAAAGCUGGGAGUUAGACAGUUGAUUCAUUUCACCUGUGAGAAAGCAGCUGAUUGAAAUCAGUGCAGAAAUACAUUCAGAGAGAGUUACUGACGGCGAGAUUAACCUCUACAGCCCCGAACUGAACACUGAGACAACGACCAAGGAACUCAGUGAUAGACCCAUCAGACCUUGACCCAGUCCGGUCACAUAAAGCGCCAUGGAGAUAAUGCCUGAUGCACUGGAUACAAUAUUGUCUAUUCAAAACUGGGAAUAUCAGGACUCCAGUCUUGAGACACUAAUGCUGGAGUUGUUUCCUGACAUUUUCAUUCCCAGCAACAGUGAUGAGAAUCAAACUGUGCCGACCCCUCAACCUGUGGUAAAGCAGCAGACGGAGACACAGCAGCCUCCUCUACCUCGAACACCUCCUCCACUUCCAUUAUCUCCUCCACCUUCAACACCUUCUCCACCUCCACUUCCAUUAUCUCCUCCGCCUCCAACACCUUCUCCACCUCCGCCUCCAUUAUCUCCUCUGCCUCCAACACCUUCUCCACUUCCACUUCCAUUAUCUCCUCUGCCUCCAACACCUUCUCCACCUCCUCCACUUCCAAUACCUUCUCCACCUCCAACACCUCUUCUACCUGCCGAGCAUGACAUCCCUAGCCAAACUGAGCCAGAGGCAGGUCUUAGUAUGUCCGCCCCAGGGGGUGCAUAUUCUCAAACCUGUGAGCUGCCUGGAGAACCUGUGAUGCCGUAUCAACUGAUGCCAGCUAAUGGACUCACUGGUGCUGCUGCUUACAACAUAAAUCCUGCUCCACAGGUUCCUCUUUGUCAGGACUUUGUUCAGCCAACACAGCUGCACACCAAUGCAGGUGCUUAUGUCCAGGGCCAGUACCUGGCGAAUCAGCAGCCUGUGUAUAAUGUCCCAAGGAUAGCAGCCAGCACUCUGCCUGCUGCUCCUCCACAAAUGUAUAACGUGCCAGCAAACCAGUUCCCUGGAGUGUUUCCGCAGAACCUACGUCCUGUUGGAUAUGUGAAUGGAGAGAUUGUGUAUGAGCUUCCUAACUACUUAAGUCCUCAUAUCAUAAACGUGCCUGUUGUCACCAAGCACGAGAAAGAGGAUAAGUCCUACGUCAAGAAGCCGCCCAACGCCUUUAUGCUCUAUAGGCGGGAGCAAAGGUUUAAUGUUGUGACACAAUAUAACAUAACUGACAGUGCGAUGAUCAACAAAAUCCUGGGAGAGAAGUGGAAGUCUCUGUCGAAGGAGGAGCAGAGCAAAUAUUACAAUGAGGCAGAAAUAGAGAAACAGCAACACCUCCUGCAGCACCCUGAGUGGUCAGCCAAGGACAACUAUGGCAAAAAGAAGAAGAGGAAUACGGCUUUCAAUGAGGUGCAAGUGGAAGGCAAAAAGAGGAAGAGGAAUACGGCUUUCAAUGAGGUGCAAGUGGCAGUGAGUGCAGAAGAACCAGCAGCAGACUCACAGCAAGCCAGGGAGCCCUAUGUGCUGUCCACAUGUCAGAACAUAGCAACUGCUGUCGCGCCACGGUGUUACAUGACACAGCCUUACAUGACACAGUCUAACGGGAUGCAGUCUAUUCCACAGACUGGCAUGACACAGUCUUACAUGACACAGUCUAACAGGAUGCAGUCUAUUCCACAGACUGGCAUGACACAGUCUUACAUGACACAGUCUAACAGGAUGCAGUCUAUUCCACAGACUGGAAUGACACAGUCUUACAUGGCACAGUUGAUUCCACAGACUGGCAUAACACAGUCUAACAUGACACAGUCUAACAGGAUGCAGUCUAUUCCACAGUCUUACAUGACACAGUGUAUUCCACAGACUGGCAUGGCACAGUCUUACAUGACACAGUGUAUUCCACAGACUGGCACGACACAGUCUUACAUGAACCAGUCUAUUCCACAGAUUGGCACGACACAGUCUUACAUGAACCAGUCUAUUCCACAGACUGGCACGGCACAGUCUUACAUGACACAGUGUAUUCCACAGACUGGCACGGCACAGUCUUACAUGGCACAGUUGAUUCCACAGACCGGCAUAACACAGUCUUACAUGACACAGUCUAACAGGAUGCAGUCUAUUCCACAGACUGGCACGGCACAGUCUUACAUGACACAGUGUAUUCCACAGAUUGGCACGACACAGUCUUACAUGAACCAGUGUAUUCCACAGACUGGCACGACACAGUCUUACAUGAACCAGUCUAUUCCAAAGACUGGCACGGUACAGUCUUACAUGACACAGUGUAUUCCACAGACUGGCACGGCACAGUCUUACAUGACGCAGUGUAUUCCACAGACUGGCACGGCACAGUCUUACAUGACACAGUGUAUUCCAGACUGGCACGGCACAGUCUUACAUGACACAGUGUAUUCCACAGAUUGGCACGACACAGUCUUACAUGAACCAGUCUAUUCCACAGACUGGCAUGACACAGUCUUACAUGACACAGUUGAUUCCACAGACCGGCAUAACAGUCUUACAUGACACAGUCUAACAGGAUGCAGUCUAUUCCACAGACUGGCAAGGCACAGUCUUACAUGACACAGUGUAUUCCACAGACUGGCACGACACAGUCUUACAUGAACCAGUCUAUUCCACAGAUUGGCACGACACAGUCUUACAUGAACCAGUCUAUUCCACAGACUGGCACGGCACAGUCUUACAUGACACAGUGUAUUCCACAGACUGGCACGGCACAGUCUUACAUGGCACAGUUGAUUCCACAGACCGGCAUAACACAGUCUUACAUGACACAGUCUAACAGGAUGCAGUCUAUUCCACAGACUGGCACGGCACAGUCUUACAUGACACAGUGUAUUCCA